GUUUUUUCUAACACAACAAGAAAGCCAAAAAGCAAAACCCAAAAAUAACAUAAAAUAAAUAUAUAUAUACUAAACACAAAUACAAUUUAAUAACACAAUGGAAACGGACACAGGUGUCGACGAUAAACCAACACGUGGCUCGGCAUAUGUAAAGUCGAUGUCAAAACUGUAUGAUGGGCAAGGCCGAUCAUCGCAGCGUCAAUCAAACUUUCGAGUGCCAAAUGCUGACAGAAGUGGUUCGCUGUAUCGAUUUACGAAUCGCUGUGACGAGAGACCCAGCCGACCCAAUUACCGGCGGGAAACAUUCAUAGUAACGCCAGUGAUUGAACUCAAGUACAAGCCGAAUGAUGCCGCCGAUAUAAAGAGUCGGGAGCCCAGCUUCGCAAAAUUCAAGAUACCCUAUGAAAUGAUAUGCGCAAAACGGUAUUCGGACUGGAAAAGGGCUUACGAGGCACAGCUCGAGCAUGAGAUAAACCAGAAUAUUGAUUUUCAGAGAACAGCAGCCGAUGCCUGCUAUUUUGUGCGCUGCAUGGCGAUUACGACAUUAUGGCCACCCUUACAUAAUAUGACUGAGGUGAAGCAUACGAGCAAGCAUUUCUUUCAGCUCACCGAAAAGGAGAAAAUGCAUCUCAAGUAUAUUAUGGACACCGAUAUCACGUGAAUUAUGCAUAUGUUUUCUAAAAUUUAUAUUACGAAAUAUGUACAAAAAAACGGAGCUUGCAAAAUAGAACUCUUCAAAACGAAA